UCACCAUCAAUCAAUAAUGAAGUGGUUGUCAUCAGUCCACAAAGCAACCCAACGCUUCCUCAAUUCUCAACGAUACCAUCUUCGUGGAGGUUAUCGUAGUCGAUUUUUCCAUGCUUCCAACCCAAAACCUGAUCAGAUAAGGUCAUCGUCGUCCUUAUAUUCUGGUCACUAUUAUAGCACCUCGACAAUUUUGAAUGUUACUGAAUCAUCAUCAGACAGGUGGCCAGAGAGUAACAAGAUUGACAACAAUGUUAAGAAGGUAGAUCUUGAAAUAAUUUCAAGAGAAACCGUCAAACCAUCUUCUCCAACUCCCCAACAUCUAAGAACCUUCAACUUCUCUAUUAUAGACCAGUUUAUGCUUGAUAUGUAUACCCCUUUGAUCUUAUUUCUUCCCAAUACCGACAAGGCUAGUGUUUCCGAUGUUGUAAUCAAAAGAUCAAAACUUUUGAAAGACUCUUUAUCUAAGAUUUUAACAAGAUUCUAUCCUUUUGCUGGGAAAGUUAAGAACACCUUGCACAUUGAAUGUAACGAUGAAGGAAUCUAUUAUGCGGAGGCUCGAGUGAACCAGACACUUGAAGAGUUUCUAGGUCAUCCAGAUGAUGAUGAAAGCGUAAGAGGGUUGGUCCCUGAAAGCCCUUGCACCGUAGAAUCUUCUAAACGGAAUUAUGUUAUUGGUGUCCAGGUGAACAUUUUCAAAUGUGGAGGGAUUGCGCUUUCCACGAGCCUCUCACACAAGAUCUUUGAUGGGCAUACAUAUUAUAUGUUUAUGAAAGCAUGGGCAGCGGCUGCUAGAGGGUCACCAGAAACUGUUUCACCAAGUUUUGUUGCUUCUGAGAUCUUUCCUCACAAUCCUUGUUUAGAAAACUCGAUGCCUUCCAAGUUACUGGCCACCAAAAGGGGUAGUACAAAAAGAUUUGUGUUCGAUUCCACGGCUUUGGCUUUGCUCAAGGCCCAACCGGUUGCUAGCGUCAACUCAACACAUCCACCAACUCGCACAGAGGCCACAAGUGCUCUAAUUUGGAAGGCUGUUGCCCAUGCUGCUUCAAAAGUAAGACCAUUUGGUCCACAAUCACCUCAUGCUUUAUUGUCAGCAGUGAAUCUCCGACAAAGGGCAUCACCCCAUUUGCCCAAAGAAUCCAUUGGAAACCUUCUUGAUGCAGCCGGGGCAAUGUGCUUUCCUGCCAGCCACCUUGAUUUGCCAACAAUGAUGGGUGAAGUAAGAGAAUCAAUAGCUAGAAUAAACUCGGAUCACAUUGAGUCCAUGAAGGGGGUGAAGGGGCAUGAGACAUUCAAUGAGAUAUUAAGGAGAUUAAACCAACUCAUGAAUGUGACAGUGGAUGGAAACUGCUUGUUUGCUUCAAGCUUGUUGAACAGCCGAAUAUAUGAGUUGGACUUCGGAUGGGGAAAACCGAUAUGGUUUUAUAUUACGAAUAAUGGAAUGGCAAGGUAUAUGUUUUUGAACGACACAUUGAAGGGUGGUGGUGUUGAAGCCAUAGUCACAUUGAGUCCAGAAGAAAUGGAGAUAUUCGAGCAUGAUCCAGAGCUUUUGUCUUAUGCCACUGUCAACCCUAGCCCUCUUCAAUUUGUUCGUUAAAUAACAUGAAUUUCAUAUCCUUUUUUAUG